UCGUGGGGACACGGAGCUGGUGGGAUUGCGCCAUGGCCUGGGCCCCUCUGCUCCUCGCGCUGCUCGCCCAUGGCUCAGGUUCCUUGGUCCAGGCAGCGCUGACUCAGCCCUCAUCAGUGUCAGCAGCGAUAGGAGAGAAGGUCCAGAUCACCUGCUCUGGGUUUAGCAGCUACAGCUAUGCUGGCUGGUACCAGCAGAAGGUACCUGGCAGUGCCCCUGUCACUGUGAUCUACAGUAGCACCUAUAGACCCUCGGACAUCCCUUCACGAUUCUCUGGAUCCAAGUCCGGCACCACGGCCACACUAACCAUCGAUGGGGUCCAAGCCGUGGACGAGGCCGUCUAUUACUGUGGUGGCUACGAUGGCAGCAAUUAUGUAUUUGGGGCCGGGACCACGUUGACCGUCCUAGGCCAGCCCACGGUCUCCCCCACUGUCCACCUCUUCCCACCAUCUAACGAAGAGCUCACGAAGGAGAACAAAGCCACCCUGGUGUGUCUGAUUGGUGACUUCUACCCUGGCUCCGUGGAAGUGACCUGGACGGCUGAUGGCAAAACCCUCAGCAGUGGCAUCGAGACCAGCCAGGAGCAGCGGCAGACCAACAACAAGUACAUGGCCAGCAGCUACCUGACGUUGAGUGCCUCUGAGUGGAAGAGCUACAACACCUAUGCCUGCAAAGUCAAGCACGAGGCUGAAAAUAUAGAGAAGACCCUGAAUAGAGCUGAGUGCUCUUAACCCCACCGGGACAUCUCCAUUCCCGGUGGACCCUCGUGGCCCUCUCCCUUUUCCCCACCAUGAGGGACAGCGGCUCCGCCCCUGCCGCAGAUGUCCCCCAGUGCCCUGCUCCUAUCCUCCUGCCCUGAGUGUCACACAAAUAAACACCGACACUGAACUAGCGCUGGCUCAGCA